CUGCUGACGACUGUGUCGUUCGUUCAAUAAAUGUCUCCCAAGCGCGAGCCACGACGCAGAUACUGUGCCCUAACAAGUCCGUUUGAUGUUAUUUAAGUUCUUUAAACACAUUUGCGGAGACUGAGACUGAAUAAGCUCCGCCCCCGGGCUCUCCUCGGUCGGGGCCAAUGGUUUCCUGGGCUGAGACGCUGACUAAAACCCGGAGACGCGGAUUUUCAGCAGCGCACGCGCCAACCACGGAACUACGCAUGCUCCGUCCCCCAGCCCCGAGCGCAGGUUGCCAGGACGCGCGGCGCCGGCUGCGUGCGUCUGUGCCACUGGGGCCAGCUGGCGGCGGCGGCCUAGAGGCUCAGCGGCUGGUGGGCAGGUGCACUGAUGCUGAAGUACUAUGAGUUUUCAGAACUUCUGGAGAGACUACAAAGUUCUGGUUGUUAUGGUACCUUUAGUCGGUCUCAUACAUCUGGGAUGGCACAGAAUCAAAAGCAGCCCUGUUUUCCAAAUGCCUAAUAAGGACGACGUUUCUGAGCCAGAUAGUCCAGCACUUGGAAGUCCUCAGAAGAGUCACAUCCACGGGAAAUAGCAGGCUUGGAAUCUUCAGAAAGAAGCAUCUUUGAAUCUGAGCUUGAUAUUGAAAGAAGAGAUGAUAAACACCAGCUGGAUUAGAAAGAACUGGCUUCUUGUAGCUGGGGUGUCUUUCAUAGGUGUCCAUCUUGGAACAUACUUUAUCCAGAGGGCUGCAAAAUAAUCUGUGAAAUCUCAGUCUAGAGGCAAACAAAUGAGUACUGAAGAAUGAAGUAACAAUAAAUAUUUGGAAUUACCACUAUGUCAUUAAGUCCUUCCAUGCUGAUAAGCUUCAUAAACCUGGAGCUACUAAUUUUGUAGCCACAGUGCCACAUAUUCAAGAUUUCCAUUCCUGAAGAAUAUUUUUUUUUCCUAAAUGUCAAAACCCAUGACAAUGCGAUAAACAGAAAAUAAAAUAAAAUUGCCAAUUACCACCUAAAGUAAGAUGUCUCGUUUAGAAGCCAAAAAGCCAUCGUUGUGUAAAAGCGAACCACUGACAAAUGAGAGAGUCAGGGCCACACUUUGUGUCUUGAAAGGCAUCCUAACCUCAAGCUAUGGCCCUUCAGGUAGGCUGAAGCAGCUGCACAACGGCCUUGGGGGCUGUGUAUGCACAACCUCACAGUCGUCAGCCCUGCUCUCUAACCUUUCCGUCACUCAUCCCAUCUUAAAGAUCCUGACAACAUCCGUGCAGAAUCAUGUGUCGUGCCUCAGUGACUGUGGCUUAUUCACAGCCAUUCUUUGCUGCAAUCUGAUUGAAAAUAUUCAGAGAAUAGGCUUGAAACCCACCACUGUUAUCAAAUUAAAUAAGCAACUUUUGAGCCUCUGCACCAGCUACCUUCAGUCUGAGUUCUGUGGUUGUCGAAUUCGAGUCGACUUCAGUAGUACUCAGACCCUCCUUUGCCUGGUGCGCAGUAUAGUAGCAAGUAAACCUGCCUGCAUGCUCACCAGACAGGAAAUAGACCAUAUCAGUGCUUUGAUUCUGAGAGCCUUUUUGCUUACAAUUCCAGAAAACAGCAAAGACCGCCUCAUUUUAGGAGAGAGUAUAAUUGUGCCUUUAAAAGGUCAAAGAGUUACAGAUUCUACUGUAUUGCCUGGAAUACUUGUUGAAAUGUCAGAAGUUCAAUUGAUGAAGAUCUUACCAAUCAAAAAGACAGAUGCCUUCAAGGUGGCACUCUUCUGUGCGUCUUUAUCUGGAGAUUUCCCUGAUACUGGAGAAGGAACCAUAGUGGUCAAUUCUGGAGUUUCUCUUGAAAAUGCAGUCCUGGACCAGUUGCUUAACCUAGGAAGGCAGCUAGUUAGCGAUCACGUAGAUCUGGUCAUAUGCCAAAAAGUUGUGCACCCAUCUUUGAAACAGUUUCUCAGUACACAUCACAUGAUUGCUAUAGACAGAGUUGGAGCGGCUCUCAUGGAAGCCCUGAGUAAAGUGACAGGAACACAGCCUAUUGGUUCCCUAGGCUCGAUCUCUCCUAGUAGUUAUGGAAGUAUAAAAGAUUUGUGCACUGCACAAUUUGGCUUCAAACAUUUUCUUCAUCUUCUUCCUAAUGAAGCAACUAUCUGCAGCUUGCUGCUCUGCAACAGAAAUGACACUGCCUGGGAUGAGCUGAAGCUCGCAUGCCAAACAGCACUGCAUGUUUUGCAGUUAACCAUCAAGGAACCGAGUGUUUUGUUGGGAGGUGGCUGUACUGAAACUCAUUUGGCAGCAUAUAUCAGACACAAGACUUGUAACGAGCCCGAAAGCAUUCUCAAAGAUGACGGGUGUACUCAGACAGAACUUCUCCUCCUCACGGAUGCAUUCUGCAGUGCGCUGGAAUCUGUUGCUGGCUCUUUAGAGCAUGAUGGAGGUGAAAUUCUUACUGACAUGAAGUAUGGACACUUUUGGACCGCCCAGCCAGAGUCUCCCUCUGUUGUCAACUGGCCAGAUUUGCUUUCAAGAUGUGGCUGUGGACUAUAUACUAGCCAGGAAGAACUCUGCUGGUCUUUCUUAAAGAGUACUCUUCAUUCCUUUGCACCGCAAACCUGCCUUCCACAUGAAGCUGUGGACUCAGCCAACAACCUGACCUUGGACUGCUUUACUGCUAAGCUUAGCGGCCUGCAGGUGGCUGUGGAUACAGCCAACUUGAUUUUGGAUCUUUCAUAUAUCAUUGAAGAUAAAAACUAACAGGAUAGCAUGUUUAUAUUAUAAAAACCAACAAAAAAAAAAACCUAGUCUUGUAGUCAGUUAAGGAAAAUAUUGAGCAUAUUUUUUCUCUCCAAAGCCCUCUUCUGCAUAUUUGGAGAGAUUAUUCAUGAAAUUAUAGAUAUAUCAUGAAAAAAGUAUGAUUCGCAAAUAGAAAUACCAUAGAACAUUAAAAACAUGAAGAUAAUUAAAGAUAUUAUAGUUAUCUUAGGAAUUCCACAGAUGCCACUGUAUGUGUCCUAAAUUUUUGUUGUUGUUGUGACAUCAUUCUAAGAAUAUACAGAAAUCAAAAAAAAAAACUUCCUAAUCUAUGCUGUAGUUUGGUUAUACUUAUUAUAUAUAGUUUUUAGUUUGUAGUAAUCACUCAUGUUUUAUGUAUAAAAUUAGAUUCCAAGGUAUCACAAAGCACCCAGUACAUAUUGCUCAAUCAGAAGAAAUACUCAAACUGCACAUUUAGUAAAAUGUCAGUGUUCUUUAUCUGAAGCUGUAUCAUUUAGUGGGUAAGUAACUGAGGUUGAACCUGGCCUACCUGUGAUUUUUAGUUUGUAUCAUUUGUGUCAUUUCAAAGAACUGUGUAGCUAGGUAAAAAAAAAAAAAAAAAAAAAA